AAUUCAUCCUGGUCGCCACCAGUACCACCUCUCCAUCCUUAAUCCUUCACUAGCUUAGCUAGCCAGCCACCUCCGUUCACUCCAUCUCUUGCCGGCCAGUGCUCCGUCGAUCGACCCGUAGCCAACCACCGACAACUAGCUAGCAACAAUGGCUGCCGUCGUCAACGCGCGAGCCGCAACUGCUCGUUGCUCGGCCGCCGGCGGGCCACCACGCGGUGCUGCGUCUUCGUUUCCGCCGUCGACGAUAAGGACGAGGAAGAGGACGACGGCGGCGGCGGGCGGCCGCGGCCGGCUUGUCGCGGUCUCGGCGGUGGGCGACGUCGCGGCGGAGGGCAACACGUACCUCAUCGCCGGCGCGGUGGCCGUCGCCCUCGUCGGCACGGCCUUCCCCAUACUCUUCUCGCGCAAGGACACGUGCCCGGAGUGCGACGGCGCCGGGUUCAUCCGAAAGGCGGGCGCGACGCUGCGGGCGAACGCCGCGAGGAAGGACGAGGCCCAGAUCGUCUGCCCCAACUGCAACGGCCUCGGCAAGCUCGGACAGAUCGACAAGUAGCUAAAUAAUCCCAUCCACCAUGCAUGCUACGUACUAAGCUCAUAUACAUGUGCUGAUGUGCAUGCAUGGACCAACCAAACUGCUCCUUUGUAUAAGCUCUUAAUUAAAUCUCCUCUCCGACAAUGUCUGAAUGUAUAUGCUGAGUGAGUGUUAAUUUGGUCUGUAAUAUAACCUGUUGCUUUGUCAGAAACGAUGUUGUGCAAUAACAUUGUUGUCGGUGGUGUUGUUGUA